GACGCCAUCUUGACUAUUGUCAGAACAUCCUUUAUUUCAACCUGAAGUUGGAUAAUAAGAUCUCUCGUGGUUAUAUUCGCGUGUAUGCCAUGCAGCACUCCCAGCUUGCCCCGCUGCCCACAGAGCUACCGUUUCGCAUUGUAUCAAAAACAAUCGGCCAAGGCGCCUAUGCCUGUAUAAAAAAAGCAUGUCCUCUACAAGAAAACAACCCCGUCUUCGCUGUGAAAUUCAUCCACAAGGAAUAUGCCGCGCGCCAUGGAAAGAUCAACGCGCGACAACUGCAGAUGGAGGUGACAGUUCACAAACAUAUCGGUGAUCACAGAAACAUAAUAUCCUUCUUCCAUACCGGUGAAGAUGCAACAUGGCGAUGGAUUGCAAUGGAGCUGGCAGAAGGAGGUGAUCUAUUCGACAAAAUCGAGGCUGAUGUGGGGAUUGGGGAAGAUAUUGCGCAUCUUUACUUCACACAGCUCAUCAGCGCUGUCAGUUAUAUGCACUCUAAGGGAGUUGGGCAUCGCGAUAUUAAGCCGGAGAAUGUGUUGUUGUCUGGCGACGGAAACCUGAAAAUCGCUGAUUUUGGUCUCGCUACUGUCUUUGAAUAUAAUGGGAAGAUGAAACUGUGCACUACGCUGUGCGGAAGCCCUCCGUACAUCGCACCAGAAGUGAUAUCGUGUAGUACACGAGGCCAAACCAAGGGUACCGGGUACCGAGCCGAUUUUGCAGACAUUUGGUCUUGCGGGGUUGUUCUAUUCGUGUUACUCGCUGGAAACACGCCGUGGGACAGUCCCACUGAAGAGAGCUUCGAGUUUAGCGAGUAUCUUGAGAAAAACGCGAGGACAACGGACGAGCUCUGGCAGCGCUUGCCGACGGCAGUUUUAUCACUGCUUAGAGGAAUGAUGAAGGUUGAUGUGGCAAGUAGAUUCACAAUGGAAGAUGUUAGGAGACAUCCCUGGUUCACGCGACCAAAUAAGUAUAUCUCCUCAGAGGGCAAACUAAGAGAUCAAGUCAAUCUUGCAACAAGCAUGUUUGAAUCUCUGCAUAUUGAUUUUUCGCAAGAUCCUCUUGCGCCUCCACCAUCACAAUCGCAGCGAAGUCGUCAGAGCGGGCCUUCAUCUUCUGCUAUGGAUAUUGACACACAUGAUGAUCUGCAAUCAAGACUGUCAUCUACCCAACCGGAAAUGCCCAUGGGCAAUGUUACCGUGGACUGGGACACACCUCUCGUCAAUGCUUUCUCUUUCACGCAACCAACGGACCACGCCAUGUCUACUACUCAAGAUUACCAACUCGCCGGCCGCUUGGAAGACGAACCCGCAAUGUCUCAAUUCAGUCAGAAUCCUGCUGUGCCACUGAUUCGUACACAAAAUGCACAGAAAUUCGACGAUAUUAUUCCAUCGCGAACCGUGAACCGGUUCUACUCUACAUGGGGAUUGAAAUUACUCGUCCCAUUCUUGAGCGAAGCUCUGCAUAGACUGGGUGUUCCUGUCCCUAGUCAGAUUGCCGGCAUUGACACAGGAGGUCCAGUCGUCAUACGUGUUGCGACAAAAGAUCAACGACUAUGUUUAUUGCAAGGUAACAUAAUUGUGGAAUGUGUUUCGGAGGGUCUUUUUGAAGUCGAAUUCACAAAGGUGAAGGGGGACCCGUUAGAAUGGAGACGAUUCUUCAAGAAAGUGGCUGUUUUGUGUAAAGAUGCAAUAUAUAGACCCGAUUAAGGCUGAUGGCGUUGUUGU